AUGAAAAAACUUGGCCACGAACUAGAAGAGUUUCUCGAAGCACUGGCAGAACACGAUGAAGUGGCUGUAGGGGCUGCAGAACUGGAGGGGAAGCAGGAGGAUAAUGGUAGGAAAGGUGGAGGACGGAAACGCCGGAGAAAAAUAAUAGAGCAAGAUGCUGAGAAAGUUGUUCACGAACUGAAUCAUCUAGAAGGAGGAACCCAGGUUUCCACGUCAGCCGCAUCUUUUAGUACAACUGCUCCGUUAUCAACUUCAACUAGUCCAACUACAAACACAACCAGUAGCGACGUUUCACCUCCGAUGUUUCCGCGCAUCACCGAGGACAGGCUCAAGGAGUUGAAGGUUGGCGAACUGAGGCUCUGGCUUGACGUGCUUCGUGGUUUUAGCAACGACUUCAAACCGAGAAGCAAGCUCACAAAAGCCGACCUGAUAAAGGAGUUAUUGCGACUGGAAGAAAUCGUCAUAGCUGCGCAAGAUAAGGCCGCUAGGAUCAAGAUCGGCGAUCGCACGACGCAGGAGAUAGUCAUACCAGGUUUUGGGCUAACACCGACAGCUCUGACGCAAAAAGGGUGGCCAAGCGUCAGCCGCGAGAGUCUUUUAGCUGUUGCAAAACAAGCUACGAAGGAUGCGGAGACGGCCACAAUUAGUGCCGAUCGAGAUGAAGAUGUUGAACUAGAGUACAACAAGAAGAAGGGGCAGGAUCAAGACGAUGACGAAGAGGCGUCCUCCUCGUCAGAACAAGGACUACCAACGCGAACAAGUCCUCCACCUUUCGAUCCAUCAUUGACUGAUUGGCUUGAGAACAAUGGCAUUUUGCAGGGAUUCAUGUUGCCGCUAGCUAACUACGCGAAGAGCUAUACAAAACGGGGAACUUCUACUGGAGGUGGUUCAACAUCAUCUUCGACAUCAUCAUCUUCGACAUCAUCAUCUUCGACAUCAUCUUCGACAUCCUCCUCCAAAGACGACCGAGCAAGGGAAAUUCCUCGUAUCUUCAUGAAUUUGAAUCUCUACACAGAGACUGGACGCCUCGCCUGUCGACACCCUAACCUGCAGAACGUACCCACUGCGACACGAAAAUACAACUUGCGAGAGUGUUUCUCAGCUGCACCUGGGAAAACGUUUGUGAUCGUGGACUACUCUCAACUAGAACUCAGGGUUCUGGCUCACUUAACGAGCUGUCGCAGCAUGUUAGACGGUUUUCUUCGAGGAGGAGACUUCCACUCACGGACGGCGAUGAACAUGUUUCCUCACAUAAAGGAAGAAUAUGAGAGAAGAAGUAGGGAAAAAAGGUUGACUACGAGUACAGGAGGUGGAGAUCACUCGACCACAUCAAGCAUCAAUUCAUCUUCAUUUUCAUCUAGCAGUAGUACAACAGAAGGUUCACAUGAACAAGAUGAAGACGACAUAGCCUUCGUCAAGGAAAAGUACCCCGUUGAGCGUAAGAAGGCAAAAACUCUCAACUUCUCAGUAGUGUAUGGUGCAACAAAACACGGUUUAGCCAAGACUCUCCAGUUGGAAGGAGGUACUGAGGAAGCACAACAAAUCAUUGAUUUGUGGUACAAAAACUUCCCGGAGGUUUUGAAGUGGCAGCAGCAAACGGUUGAACAUGCGACAAGAUAUGUUAUGGCUUAGGCUCCUUGCACAUCCCUGUGUAUCCCAUCAGUAGAGUUUAUUAGAAUAUUUCAAAUCCAAAUGUCGUCCAACAACUCCCCUCGUCGCGUCAUUCGGAUACACGACAAAGUUGUAGAAAAGAAAAAUAGAUGUUUUGCCUCUGGAUUUCUCUUUCUAAGGAUCGCUACGUCGAAACCCUCUUAGGCCGUCGUCGCUGGAUCCCAGAUAUGAUGGCUCCGUAUAAGGGGUCCUCAGGUGCAGGAUUGCUUUCAGCCUGGGGUCGCAGUGCAAACCGUGCUGGUAUACCUGUGACCUCGCCGCUUUACAGUGCAGCUGCAGCAGGUGACCACCAGGGGCAGGGAUAUUCGAACAACAACUCAGCAAACUCUUCCCCGUUUGGUACACCAUGGCGUGGUCCUAUUUCCUGGCAGAGGAGAAAACACUUAGAGCGCGUAUGUUCGAAUACUCCGGUCCAAGGAAGUGCCGCUGAUGUCGUCACGAGCGCGAUGAUUCAGUUGCAUAAGUCGAAACUCCUACACGACUUAGGCUUCGUGCAAGUGCUGCAAGUGCACGACGAAUUAGUUCUAGAGGGGCCGAAGGAGCAUGCUGAAGAGGCAAGGGCAGAAGUUGUGCGACUUGCAGAGAAUGCGCAAGUUGGCAUGAUGCUGAAACUUCAAUGUCCGUUGCUUGUUGACAGUAAAAUUUCGGAAACGUGGUGUUGAGCUUGAGCAGCCGUAAGUAAAUUGUUUAGCACAGGUAGUAAAAAUGGAUAUUUUAACUGGGAUUUUCACUGAUACUGGUUUCGUUUUCCUUUGUUUUGACAGAGCAAAAGCAUUCGACGUAGAUGGAUUUCAGUCGUGGACCUCAUUCAUUUUUCAACCCAGCAUAGCAAAUAACAACUUGGUGAUAGAUAAGCAUUCUCUGGAAUGCACCAUUUCGAGAGGGCUUUAUGUACAGAACAAGAUCCUAGUCUAAAAAUGAAUGACAACUUCCCCAGAGGUAUAAGCUGCAUAUAAGUACAUCAUGGAGAUGAAUGUGAUUCAUUUUGCAAAGGUUUCGCACUUGAAGAACAUGGUUUUUGACAUUUAUUACAUGGAUGUCUGUUUCGUAGUUCACUAAAAAGAGCAUCAGAAAAUAGAGUUAGAGUCUUGAUGUGCGUAAAGAUGUGCUUGCCAGCAUGAUGUACGAGACUACAUCUCCACUCUACUGAAAUACACAUCACGCCUCUAUUUAGAUCCCAUCUCACCCAACAUACCAGAUUGUCUCCCCUUUCACCACGGCCCAACCCUACUCUCAGCUCUAAAGGAGCACCCCCUGUUAAAUGUGACUGAAUGCUGAAAGAAACUGUUACACCUAUACGUACGUACGAGAACAACUGUGAAGAAAAAUGGUACUACUUGUACAAACUAGACGAGACUGGAGAACCUGAAGAUAGUCGUGACAGCAUACACGAAGACUGAUACAGCAGUGCAGCGCUUCAUAAGGGUUGCAGCAGCG